UCAGGCAAAGUCGAUCGAUCAGAACUAUGGAGGAAUUGAAAAGUAAUGUUACACAAAUAUCUCCGCCACUUGAGAGUGAAGGAAACAGCAUUCACUUGCAUGAAAAUCGAAAGCAAAAGGACACUGAGGAGCCAAUACUUGAUGACCCACUAAAGAAUGUUGCUGAAGAAGGGCCUGCUCCCAAGAAAGUCCAUCGAUUCUAUUUCGUUAAAUUAUGGCCAUCAAAUUUGGAAGUGAGAAUCGAAAAGGCCAAAAAGCUUAUGGAAAAUAUCAAGCAAAAGGUUCUUCAAAUCUCCACAAACAUAGAAGAGAGGAAGUAUGAUCAGGAUCGGCUGGUUUCUAGGCUCGAAUAUCGAGAUACUGGAUUCAGACAGUGUGUGGAGAACUUGAAUUUUCUUAAACCAACUCUGGACAACCUGUGCUUUGCAAAUAAUGCAUACAGAGGGAGGGCUAGCAAAUCAUGCUUGUCAAAACGAGUGCUUGAUAUCGAUAAGUUGAAUUUCCGGAUGCUUCAUGGCAGAAAAACUUUGUCCGGGGAAAAGCAACUCUUGAAAGAAAUCAAUCAAAGCCAGCAGAACGCCAUAAGUUCAAGUGUUUCAUUAGAUGAGCUUAACGAUGCUAUAGACUGCUUUCGUCCCAGUCCAAGGUGGGAUUGGUGGUUCAAUAAAAAAUGUGCGGAUAGGGAGCGGAUCAUUAAAGAAAGAAAUCAGCUUAUAUGUUUAAAAGAGAGAGUUAUUGCCACAGCUGCAGUCAACGGAAAGCUUUGGAUCUCUUUGGGUUCAAAACAAGCCAUACAAGACAAAGUUGAACUUAUAGGUACCGAAUUAGAUGGAAUAAUGAAAGAAUUGUCGUCAAUAAGGACCACUCUUCAACUGAGUAAAGUGAAGAUAAAAUCUCUGGAGAAGCAAUUAGCAGUUGCACGCCACAAACAGAAUGAAAUGAACGAAUGCAUUCUUCGACUGAGUAAACUGCAUGAUGAGGAGAUUUCCUGCAACUACCAGUGCCGGUCGCUCUUAGAAAAUGCCGGGAAACUUGCUCAAAAGAAAGAUGUAGCAAACCUUCAGGAAUUGUGUCAAGAACAGGUUGAUAGAUUCUUUUCCCAGUGGAACAACGACAGAGUUUUUAGAGAUGAAUGCGAGAAAAGAAUUCCGCAUGCUGCUCUCCCGCCGAUUGAGUGAGGUUGGACGGAUAAGGCACUCUGGCAAACAUCACACCAGAUCGAGGCAAUGACUACUAGAAAAUUGAAAUGGUAGAUGAAAGAUGUUAAAGACAAGACCCUUCAAGCACGGACUGCCUUUAAUUAAUGACUCAUUAAGGCGGAUGAAUUACUAAUUCCUUCUCUUGAUUAAUAAAUUAUAUACAUUUUCUACGAGGAACAACUUUUUACAUAUCCUAGCUAGCUGGCCUAUAUAUAUGGUCAGGUGUUUGCCCUGACCAGACCAGCUAGCUAGUUUCAUGUUGACCAGACCAACUAUUUACAUAUACUAUUUCAUGCUGAGCUAGUUUCAAGCAUAGG